AUGCUGCUAGUAGGACGAAUGAACUCGGAUUUCACACAGUCAAACCUCAGAACAGCAGCAGUCGCAGCUGCAGCCGUAGCCAGUGCUCUCGAUGUACUGGGAACGUCAUUGAACAAUUCAGCCUUUGUUUCUUGUUCGACCAACUCUAACAACCACUCUUUGACCACAACCACUUCCGCUGUGGCUACGGUGACCACGGACCCAUCGUAUCACGUCACGCAUCAAACAACUCAUCUGGUACCCUCUCCCACUUGUGUUGAUCGUCGUCUGCUGACGGAUCCGGUCCGUGCAGUUGGCCACAUGCGUGCGCAUAAUUUACCGUCGGACACCUUUCGCGCUCUGCUCGAUGCGGACUACAUCGGUGCUGAGAUGGCCGAGAAGGAGAACAUGCGCGCGCGAUUUAUCCCGUUUACAGACACAUUUGCGGAUCCAUCGGAAUUGGUUGGUGGACUACGAAACGGUACUGUUGGAAAGUUAGAGCAGGGAUCCAGUGAUAAGAACUGUACGUUGCUUAGACUUGAGCCGUCGGGUCACCUGGAUGUGGAUGGGUAUCGAUGCAAGAGUAAGUGUGAUUUGUCGCUUUGA